AUGAACGUGACAGCACCGCUCUCCCGACGGCCUCUGGGCUGCCUCAAGGCCGGCCUAUGCCAGUCCCUCAUCCGGGGCUAUGCGACAGCCGUCGCUGCUUCCACCACCCAGUCUACCGGCGCCCUGCCCGAUCACAACUUCUUCAGGAUCACCGAUAAGAAGACCAAGCAGACUCGCACCGCUUUCGCCGUCUUCACACGCCCCAAGAACCCGACGACCCCUCCUCCCUCGAGCGUAGUAACCAAGUCCAAAGCCUUCAAGAUCGCCAACUCGAAGCUGCCACCGCUCAUGACCAAGCCUCCCUCGGACCCGAUGCCGCUGUUGACCCAGCAGCAGAUCGCGCGCAUGGACCCGACCGGUGCGCGCACCGCCCUGUUCUCCAAGGCGCGCCACGCCGCCCGCGUCGGCGACGUGCUCAUGGUGACGCACCGUCGCGGCGGCGAACCCUUUGCGGGCGUGUGCCUGGCCAUCCGCCGUUCGGGCAUCGACACUGCCAUCCUCCUCAGAAACCACCUCGGCAAGGUCGGCGUCGAGAUGUGGUACAAGAUCUACAACAAGAACGUGGCGGGCAUCGAGAUCAUCAAGAGGCGGGCCAAGCGCGCGAGACGCGCCAAGCUCAUGUACAUGCGCCAGCCCAAGCAUGACAUGGGCAGCGUCGAGCAGUACGUGUUCGCCUGGAAGAAGAUGAGGAAGGUGUUGAGCAGUAAGGGCUUGACGGGCGGUACUGGUGGCGGUGGUGGAAAGCAGAAGGGUCAGGAGUCUAAGAAGAAGAACUAA